AUGGCCGACGUCUCCUCAACUCGGCUCUACUUGGGCAAUCUUCCUCGCAACAUCACGAAACAGGAUAUCGAGGAGCACUUUGGUACUCAUGGCACCGGCUCUAUCAAGGAAGUCAAGCUCAUGAACGGCUUUGGCUUCAUCGAAUAUGAAGAUGCCAUGGACGCCCGUGAUGUCGUUCCAGCGUUCCAUGGAACAGAGUUCAAGGGAGAAAGACUUACAGUGCAGUUCGCCCGGGGCCCGCGUCGCAAGGACGACUUCAACGGUCCUCCCGAGCGCAAUGUUCCUCGACCCCGUCGUACUGUCUUUCGCAUGCAGAUUACUGGUUUGCAACCCGAUACGAGCUGGCAGGAUCUCAAGGACUUUGCGCGGAAUUCUGGUCAACUGGAUGUCGUGUACUCCGAGACUGGUCGUGAACGCAAUGGCAAAGGAUUUGUCGAGUUCGAAACUGCAGCGGACUUGAAGACUGCCGUGGAGAAAUUGGACGGACAAACCUUCAAAGGAGCAGAGGUGCACUGCAUUGCUGAUGUCCAAGAUGAACGUCCUGAAGCACGAAGCUAUCGACAAAGAUCCCCACCAAGAGGUCGACCCGGUGAUGAAUUCCACGACCGACGUGGGCCUCCUCCUCGCGGCUGGAGUCCCAGAGGCUACCGUGAGCGCUCUCCCGGACGUCGGCCUCCAGUGGACGACUACUACGAUCGUGGUUAUGGAAGGCGAAGCCCGCCCAGAGACUACGGACCGCCACCUCCCAGACGAUAUGAUGCAGACCCAUACGACGCCAGGGGACCACCACCUCCACCACCACCAGCUAGAGGCUACGCAGAUCCUUAUGCGCGUAAUGGUGACCCAUACGCCCGUCCUCGAAGCCCAGCUCGGGGUUACGGUUAUGGAGGCGGCUAUGGCGGUUACGAUGAUCGCCGAUACUAG